UCUUCAACAACACUUCAAAUCUUUUAUAUAUAUAUAUACAUAAUGGAAUAUUCCGGCGGCUCUUCUUUCUCUGCAUUUUCAUACUCCGAUCAACAAUACCUUCCUUUUAACGAAAACGACUCCCAGGAGAUGCUUCUCUACGGUGUUCUUGCCGAGGGCGGCGCCGCCGCCGUGACGCCGGAGAGCAGUGCUAAUUCUUCUAACGGGAACUACGACCAAUGUCGAUGGGGGGAGGAGGAGGAGGAGGAGGGGCGCAGCAGGGAGGUGUCGGCGGCGGCGUACAGGGGAGUGAGGAGGAGGCCGUGGGGGAAGUUCGCGGCGGAGAUAAGGGACUCCACGAGGAACAGCGUGAGGGUGUGGCUGGGCACUUUCGACACGGCGGAGGAGGCGGCGCUUGCCUACGACCAGGCGGCGUUCGCCAUGCGGGGGGAGGCGGCGGUGCUGAACUUUCCGGCGGAGGUGGUGUGGGAGUCGAUGAGGCAGAUGGGUUACAACGGCGGCGGCGGAGGAAAUGGAAUGGAGGCGGAGGAGUGCUCGCCGGUGCUGGCAUUAAAGAAAAUGCACUCGACGCAGAGGAAAUCUGCUUCCAGAUCAAAGAAGAAGAAGCAUAUUAUUAAUCAUCACCAGCAAAACAUGGAAAAUAAUAAUAAUAAUAAUAAUAAUAAUUAUAAUAAUAAUAUGGUUGUUCUAGAAGAUUUGGGCUCUGAUUAUUUGGAAGAGUUACUCAGUUUGUCUGAGAGUUCUACCACUACUCCUCAUUGGUGAAAAUAUUAAUUAAAU